UAUCCAGGAAAUGAGUAGCAACAGAGUAUGGCACUGUUGUUUUAGGAUUGGCAAGUUUCAUUAUUCGCGAUCGAAACAAACUCUCGGUGAGUGGAAUGGUUUCAUAAUUUUUAUCUUCUUUUAAACGAAUCUUUACAAUGUCAGCUGCCUUGACAGCAGCGAGUAAGCUGGAUUCCAUACUACAUUUGAAUUUUCAAAAACUAUCACAAGAGUACCCUCCUCUACAGUCGUUUUUACAAGAAGGACAUAUUGAUUUUUGGAAUGAAGAUGCAGUUUUAACAUUAACUAAAGCAAUUUUGAAAGUCUACUUUGCAUUAGAAUUAUGUCUGCCUAAGAACCGAUUGUGCCCCAUGGUACCUAAUCGUGUUUUAUAUCUAGACUACGUUCAAAAGCUCUUGCAAAGUACGAUGGAUGACUUUGACAAUGAAAAAGUGACAGGCCUGGACAUUGGAACAGGCGCUUCUUGUAUCUACCCACUACUUGGAUGUAGAUUAUUCUCAUUUAGCUUCUUAGGAACAGAAAUUGAUUCGUCUUCUUAUGAUGCUGCUUGCUCGAACGUUUCCGACAAUCAUUUGGAAGAUAAAAUUAGGCUUGAAAAUCGUUGUAAGACAGAUGCUCUUCUUUCUAGCUGUCCUACCGGCCAAGAGUUUACCUUUGUUAUGUGCAAUCCUCCGUUCUAUGGUAGCGACGAAGAGCUUAUAAACUAUAAAGACAGUCUUCCUAAUUCUGUUUGCACUGGAAAUGAAAAUGAGAUGAUUACUGAAGGAGGUGAGGUUGAGUUUGCUAGAAGAAUUCUUCGAGAAAGUAAAUAUAGACGUGAGAUACUAUGGUUUACUUGCUUGCUUGGGAAAAAAUCAAGCUUAGCAGAUUUAAUUCACGAUUUGCGAGAUGAAAAGAUUGAUAAUUACGGGAUUUAUGAAAUUUAUGCUGGAAAAACAAAACGUUGGAUCCUAAGUUGGUCUUUUUCGAAUCGAAGACCACCAAACCAUUUGAUACGCCCAAAGUUUUUUUCAAUCCCUAAACUGCUACCUAGAAAAACACUGUAUGAAUGGAAUGUGACCAUGGAUAAGCAGACUUUUUUUGACGUGCUGAAUGGAUUUUUAGAUAAUAUGAACGUGCAGUACAGUUACCUGAAUUAUGAAAAAAUAGUUGUUUUUUCUAAUGGUAUUUCCUGGUCCCGUAAAGCCAGACGAACUGGUAAGCAUCAAAAUCCUUCUCAGACUAGCAUCAAAGACGGUUUUAGGUGUACCAUCAGCUAUGACAAUUUUAAAGGCCAAUCGUGUUGGAAAGAAGGAAAUGAUUAUUUGGUAUAUGAGAGUUUUUGUUCUACGCUUCAUCGAAAGUAUAAAGAGAGCUACCCAUCUUGAGAACUGUCACCUUCCUUCAUUCGUUUGCAUGAACACAUUUUGUUUAAGUUUUUAAGUUUAAUAUACAAAAUAUAAAAAGUGUAUGGUACUUAAUAUAGUACGCUUGAAACAGCUGUCAAAAGUCAUAGACUAAUUGCACCCUUUCAAAAAAGAAGAAAUUGAAAGAACGGAAAAAAAAUGAAAAUGAAAAUAAAUCUAAGUAUAAAUUAUUAUAAACUUUCGUAGCUUUUUUAUAUCUCAAAACUAAG